CUUCCACCGUUUAUUUUGAUCCGGGUUCUCUCGGAAAUUGGCUUCUCUGUCUAGGGUUUCCAUAGAAACAUCUCUUGUGAUCAAUCCUUUUCAUUCCCAGUAUAGUCAUCUUCUUACUAAGCAAUCCUUUCGGUUCUCUCCCUUUUCUGUUUCCUGCUCUGUUAAUUCGUGAACUUAGGGUUUCUGGAGACUGCUCUAAGUUUAGGGCUUUGUUUUGAUAUUACUUUUACUUCAGGCUUCGACGACUAAAAAACCAGCGGAACAAUGCCUCCAAGGACCGGGAAGAGAGGAGCCGCAGCUUCAGGGCAGAAGAGGACGCCUCGGGCCACCAGAGGCACGCCCAAGGCGCAGAAUAAUCCGCCAGAAAAAACGGCGGAGACAGCCAAGGUCGAGGAGGCUCCUGUGGUGGCUGCUGUGGAAGAGAAAGAUGAUGUGAAGGUAGAGGAGGUAACGGUUGUUGAGAAGGAGGAGAUAAUUGAAGAGGAAACCGUUCUUGUUGACAAGGCAUGUUCGGAGUCCGGAGAGAAAUCGGACGUAAACGGGAUGCUCCCUUUGAAAAAAGAGGAGGAGGUAAAAGAAUCUGGAGAUGAAUAUGGGAAGGAUGAGAGAUUAGAAUUGGAUGAUAAUGAACCUGAAUCUGAACCAAAAGAGUAUUGUGGGGUCGAUUAUGAUGAGAAGGAACCUGGGCAGGAGGAUGUUCAGGAGGUUGGAGAUGAUGAAGAGGAGGAACCAGAGGAGGAGAUCAUUGGUGAUGAGGAAGGUGGUGAUUUGCCAGAGGUCAAAACUGUGUUUGUUGAUGGUCUUCCGGCUUCAUGGGAUGAGGAUCGUGUUAGGGAACUUCUAAAGAAGUAUGGUGAGAUUGAAAAGAUUGAACUUGCUCGUAACAUGCCAUCAGCGAAGAGAAAGGAUUUUGGAUUUGUCACAUUUGAGUCUCAUGAUGCUGCAGUGACCUGUGCUAAAAGUAUCAACAAUUCGGAACUGGGUGAUGGGGAUAGCAAGGCUAAAGUUAGGGCCAGGUUGUCACGACCGCUUCAAAGAGGAAAAGGAAGACAUGCUAGUCGUGCAGAUUACCGGUCUGGGCGAGGGAUUGGACGAAUUGUCAGGGGUUCAUGGAAUCGUCCAGCACCACGUAGUCUUCCAACACGCAGUAUGAGAGGAAUUGGGAUUCGUGUUCCGCCUUCUAGUGUAAAGAGACCUAUUGGAUUGAGGGAUAGACGCCCUGUUAUGGCUAUGCCAGCAAGAAGCAGGCCUUUACCACAUCCUAGGCAAUAUGAAAGGGGAGCACCUGUUCCUUCAUACCCAAAAAGUAGCUUGAAAAGGGAAUAUAGCAGACAUGAUGAGCUACCUCCUCCAAGGAGCAGAGCAGCUGUUGAUUAUGGUUCCAGGGUAGUUCCUGAUAGGCGCUCAUCCUAUAGAGAUGAGUAUUCAUCUCGUGGCUCUAGUUACCCUGAUCUGCCAAGAGUGUCUUCUCGUUCAGCGGGAAGGAGACCUUAUAUAGAUGAUGGUUACGGACAAAGAUUUGAAAGGCCUCUAAGUUACCGGGAAGGACGUGGCCGUGACUAUGAUUCUAUUUCUGGCUCAAAACGUCCAUAUCCUGCCAUGGAUGAUGUUCCCCCUCGGUAUGCUGACCCUGGUGUUCGCCAUUCAAGAGCUCGUUUGGACUAUGAACUUGAUGGUAGUGCUCCUCAAUAUGGGGAUGCGUAUGGGGAUAGGCUUGGAAGAUCUAGUCUAGGAUAUGGAAGCAGCAGAAGUUCCAUGUCCAGUCAGGAUACACAUGGGCUUUAUGGCAGCCGUCAGGGCAUGGGUUAUGGAGGAGGUUCAUUUGGAGGCGGUGAUGUUGAUGGAAUGUACUCGAGCUAUGGCAGUGACUACAUGCCCCGUGGAAGUGAUGUAUGCUUGUGACCUGGUUGACUUGUGAAACAUUUUUCUGCACUGGAUGUUUGUGUUUAUGUUCUUUGCUAUUAUGGCA